ACAGCCCGUAGUCAGGUGACAUUUUUUCCUCGUAUUUUGGAUCGAUAUUGAGAAUUUCUCGCAAAAAAUAGUAAAAAAUCAACAAGAAUGGGCGCUUCAAUCCUUCCAAUCAUCAUUUUUUCUGCCAUUUUUGGCGUCAUCGGGAUCGUGCUGCCAAUUAUGGUGCCCAAAGGCCCAAAUAGAGGGAUUGCUCAGUGCGUGCUGAUACUUACGGGAGCGACUUGUUGGUUGUUCUGGCUUUGUUGCUACAUGGCACAAAUGAACCCGUUGAUCGGCCCCAAACUUCACAGUAACACUAUUCUUAUCAUGGCUCGAGAAUGGGGAAAUCCUCUUAACGAAGGCUAAAUUAACCAACUCGCAUAUAAAUAUAUAAAAAAAAAACAAACUGUUCAAAAUUUUAGUUAAAGUAUUAAUCAUCAGUUGAUUCCAGAGAAAUUUUAUGGAAAAAAACGCAUUUUGUUGUAAAUAUUUUCUUGAACCCAAAAUAAAUGUAUUAAAAAAAGUACAUGAACUGUGUAAAAAAAAAAUGUCAAAAAUAUCAGACAGAAAAUGUUGAAAUUUAUCAAAUAAAUAUAUGUUAAACUUA